AUGGCACUGCCCACAUCUGUAGCAACACUGGCAGAGGCUCAUUUGCCUGGCUUUGUUGUCCCUACCGUCAUGCAACCACUACACAAUAGCAUCCCCCAAGAGCUUGUGCCACGAUUUGAUCCCGUGUACGUCGCGUACUACAACGCAUUCAAUGCAGGGCGGCUUCACACCCACGAGAUCCCAAUAGAAGAGUACCGAAGGAAUCCUGCUCGAUAUACCAUCUCAUAUGGCCGAGCUCCCGGCCCUGAGAUCUUCCGCAUCACCGAGCAAAAGUGCCCAGUCGAUGGCGGAGAAAUCACCAUCCGGAUAUUUGAGCCGGCACCCAAACUUGAUGAUCAGGGCCAGCCGAAGAAAAGGGCUGCUUAUCUCAAUUUCCACGGGGGAGGAUGGGUGUUUGGUGGACUGAACUACGAUCACAGCUUCUGCAAACGACUUGUCCACAAGCUGGAUGGAGAUUUGGUCGCGUUUGAUGUGGACUAUCGACUAGCACCAGAGCACAAGUUUCCCAUUUCGCUCGAUGACAGUUGGACUGCCUUCAACUGGAUUCGUUCAAAAACAGCAGAGUUUCAUCUCGACCUGGAGAGAUUUGCUGUGGGAGGUGCGUCGGCAGGAGGCCAUCUUGCAGCCGUCAUCAGUCACCUCUGCCGCGAUGCAAACAUUCCAUUGCGAUUGCAGCUCUUAACGGUACCGGUGACAGACUUGCAUAAUGUCUUCACCCCUCAAGGUGAUUUUGACCGGGAGAAUUGCCCAUACGAGUCAUACCGAGAGAUGGAGUUUGCCCCAGCGCUACCAGCUGCACGCAUGGCAUACUUCCACCGAUCCUUCUUGGGAAUUCCUCGACCGGCGCAAUCUGCUGAGGAUUGGAAAAUAUCGCCUAUGUUAGCAUCAAACUUCAAAGAUCUGGCCCCUGCGUUGGUGUUUACUGCAGAACUAGAUCCUCUGCGUGACGAAGGGGAAGCAUAUGCAGCGAAACUUGUAGCUGCAGGGGUACCCGCGCAAGUAUUCCGAGUUCCAGGAGCACCCCAUAUAUUUGCUGGACUCGAUGGGAUUCUGGCAUCAGGGCGACUGUAUAACAAAAAGGUGAUUGAAACUAUGCAACGGGAGCUCAAGGGUGUUGCCGAAGCUGUCGCUCCCGUCAUGCCGAUACCGGGAAGUUUCGGCAGGGGGAGUCGGAGUUGA